ACGCUGCGCGUGUGACGCUGCGCGUGUGACGUUGUAGAGAGAUGGAGCGAACUUUCUUGGCGGUGAAGCCCGAUGGAGUCCAAAGGGGACUGGUGGGCGAGAUUGUUGGGCGCUUCGAGAAGAAGGGCUUCCACCUCGUGGCACUCAAGAUGAUUCACGCGUCACGUGAGCUGCUGCAGCAGCACUACAUUGACCUCAAGGACCGGCCCUUCUACCCGGGCCUGGUGGAAUACAUGCACUCUGGGCCUGUCGUGGCCAUGGUGUGGCAGGGGGCCAACGCGGUGAAGACGGCGCGGAAGAUGCUGGGGGAGACGAAGCCGGACGACUCGAACCCCGGCACCAUCCGGGGAGACUUUGCUGUGCAAGUGGGACGCAACAUCAUUCACGGCAGCGACUCUGUGGAGAAUGCGGAGAAGGAGAUAGCUCUGUGGUUCACGGCUGAAGAGGUCACCUCCUGGAAGAGCUGCGCUCACGACUGGGUCUACGAAUAGUCAAGACCACUACUACCUACCACCCACUACUCUACCACCCACUACUACCUACCAUUCACUACUCUACCACCCACUACCAUCACCCACUACCACCCACCACUAGUACUACUAGCACCCACCACACACACACUGACACUCGCUCACACUGACACACACACACACUGACUGACAUACACACACACUCACUGAUACACACACACUCACUGAUACACACACACUCACUGAUACACACACUCACUGACACACACACACUGACUGACAUACACACACACUCACUGACACACACUCACUGACACACACACACUGACACACACACACUGACACACACACACUGACUGACAUACACACUCACACACACACUCACACACACUCACACACACACUCACACACACUCACACACACUCACACACACUCACACACACACAUUCACACACAUUCACUCACUGACACUCACACACACACACUCACACACACUCACACACACUCACACACACUCACACACACUCACACACAUUCACACACAUUCACACACACACUCACACACAUUCACUCACUGACACACACACACACUCACACACACUCGCACACAUUCACUCACUCACUCACACUCACUCACACACACUCACUCACACUCACACACACUCGCACACACUCGCACACACUCGCACACACUCACACACACUCACACACACUCGCACACACUCGCACACACUCACACACUCACACACUCACACACACACUCUCACUCACACACACUCACACACACACACUCUCACUCACACACACUCACAUUCCCUGACAGUGUUCCAUGCUCCAGGCGUAUGCUGUGUUCACCGCCCUCUCUCCCAAGUGAAUAAAGUUGCUCUGACCGACCCUG